UCAGGAAAAAAUCUUCAUUUGAUUCAUGUGCAGAUGCAUAUACCAUAGUCAAUUUAUCAACUUCAUUAAUUCCAUUUGUAUCAAAUACUCAUUAUACCAUGUUCAAAUGUCGCACAUUUGCGACUAGCAUAUAUGUCAUUUGACAUCUCAUCCGAGGUAUGUGCCAGCUUCAUACUCGGAUGGGAAACGAAACUCAUUAAAAAAAACAAAGAUGGCCGAAGAAAACAGUUUCCGCGAGCUCGUGUUGCGUGAUCUCCAAUUACCUGGCGAAAUUUUAACAGUUUUUGAAGGUGCUGACAUCGACUUCGUACGGUUGUCGCGAAUUUCGAGAGACGAAUUGCAGGCAGUACUGGGCUCCGGACCUCUUGAUAUUUGGAACAUCGACGAAAUUUUCAGAAGAAUUCUCGUUUGGCGCCAAGAAUCUGGAUUCGGCAUUAUUGGCUUCGAAGACGUCGAAAUCGUCGAGGAUUGGCUGAUUUGUGAAAGUCCGGAAGAGUCAGAGGAGAACACAUCCAGGAAAGAGAACGAGCCUGCAAAUGACACAGAUUCAACGGAGACAUCUGAAGUCCUCGGAACCCAAAACCGGACAAUAAAGGUUUUGCCGCAGAAUAACGUCGAUUCUGUUCCGAGUCCACCAAGUUCGCCCAUCGCUAUUCAGCCAAACAUUUCCGAGGUGAAGUAGUAGAUAUUUUGAGAACUGAAAAAGAUGAUCUUUUCGUGAUAGCACUUUUUUGGAAAGUAGGCGAACUGAAUGAGCACUAUGUUGCAUACGAAUUAAUAGAGAAACCUUCCAGCUACAAAAUGUUUAGCUUAAAUGAUGUAGAUGGUCCGCCAGUCAUGCCUCAUAACGUACUGAACAAACUUUAUGUGCGUAAAAAGACUGAUUUCCUUUCAAUGGAUUUAUAACUACCCUUGCAUAAAGAGUAUGAUACAUGUUUCUGAAAAAUUGUAUUCAAAUCUUGAUUGAAGUUUAAACUGUCAUAUAUUAUUUCGUAUAAAAAAAUAUUGUAAAAUCCUCAUCAUUGCCUAUUGUAAAACAUUAGCUUCAAAGCAUUUGUUUCGUGUAUCAGAAAAAAUCAAACGAAAUUACAUUCAAUGUACAAUCAUUCACUAUAUGUAUUUUAAAAUGUUUAAAAGUUGCAAAUUGAAUGUAAUUUCGUUUGAAUUAUUUCUGAUACAUGAAACGAAAGCUUUAUUCGAGUGCUGCUCCCAAUGCUAUAAACAUAAAACACCUCACAUUGAAACGAUAUAUAAAAUCAAUGCAUUCCAUUGGGAGAAUCCUUCAAAAGUAUGUGCCUUGGUUAUGGAUUCCAUGGAAUCUCCCCUUCGAUUCAAUGAAAAUAACUGUUGGCGAUGAUUCAUUAAGUUUGCACAUACUCUUCAUGAGUCAAACCCCAUUGCAAAAAUCCAUGGGGGUUGGCACAUAGAUCAAAUGAAGAUUUUUUCCUG